ACUGAAUGUGUUAUUACAUACUUCCUGUGGUAUAUUUAUGACCGAGACUUUAAUUUCCGGUAGCCGAUCGGGACUUAUGCCCCCUCCCUCUCCCUCUUGUCUAUUUGUAUAUUUUCCCCUCCCACCAGCCAGUAUAAGCUCAUCAGCUAGGCGGAGUUGCGGUGAAAGGGGAUACUGUCUAGGUUAUUAUACCCCUCCCCGCAGACACACUGCUAGAGUGAUAAAGGUGGUGGAUGGGGGAGAGAAGUCCCCCAAAAUAGGACGAGAAGAGAGGAUAUUUAAAGCAUCGGAGGAGCAGCCUGAUCACCCUCCCUCCUCCUCCUCCAUCACAGUCUGUAAUGUGACAAUAAGUUGUUAUUGCAUACUUGGUAUAUAACACUGUCUUGCAGCUUCUUUCUGGGAUUCCUAUGGAUAUCCACCUGCAGGAAAUGAGCCCUUGAUAAUAUAAAAUGGAGGACUGCCUUCACACUUCUUCGGAAAAUCUCUCUAAGUUAGUGAGUUGGGCCCACAGUCAUGGAACCAUAUGUAGCCUUAUUCCUAACCUAAAGCACUUGCUCUCUGAGGGUUCCCAUGGCACAUUGACAGCAAUGUGGGGCUGUAGUGCAGGCCAUGCCUAUCAUUGGCCAUUGACUACUACUUGUCGUGCUGGACCACAAGAAAGAGUUUGUUUCCAAGAUAACAGAAGCUUCAACUCUGACAGCCCCAGCAUACUUGGUGUACCCUCAGAGACUCAAACUAGCCCCUUGGAAAGGUAUCCAGGGAGGCCUGGCAAAGCCAAAUUAGACUGCAAUAGAACAAGGGAUUCUUGUGAUUUUUCCUACUGUAGUGAACCAUCAGAGAUUGAUGAACCAGUAGAGGAAUAUGAAGAUGAAGCCACAUUAUUUGACAUGGUUUGUGAGUCAUCUGUAACUGAUGAAGACAGUGAUUUUGAAAGCACAGUGCAGCAGUCAUCAAGUGCUUCUCGAAAAAGGCCGAGUGGUGGGCUUAACUCUUCCCUUUCAGGAUCCCAAAAUCAUAUUGCAGAUGAGGAUAGCAGAGAUGUAAUUGUAAAAAAAAUCAAGCAGGAAAAUCCUGAAGACUAUUACAUUGUUGCAAAUGCUGAACUCAAAGGGGGUGCUGAUGGCCCCACGAUAUCUCUCACACAGAUGUCGAAGCCGAAGAAUCAGACACUUUCAUCAUCUCCCUUUGUAGGUCCAUCAAAAACAUCCAAUGUAGUACCACCAUCAAUAAGCAGUGAUUUGGAAAUACAAGCAAUUACACCUUCUCCAUUGGUUGUGCCCAGGCAGCCUCCACAGAAACCCCCCCAGAGACCAACAAUGACAUCACAAAACAAAACUGUACCUAAUGCUUCCUUAGUCAACCAACAAGUAGCACUUCAAAUGCCUGUCAGCACAUCCACAGGAAAUCCUAAUCAGCCCAUCAGCAUUCCUUUAUCAGCACUUCAAUUGCCAGGACAGGAAAAGCAGGAGGUCUCAGAAGAGCUUCUUCCCCCUGUAUUAAAACCAGUAUUGCCCAAUGAAGCAGCACUCUCGCCUUCAAUUUGUGCUGAACCUGAAGUUAGCUCAAGUCAGCAGCAGUCAAAUAACAUCCAAAAUAUCAACUGUGAGACAACACCGCAGUCAAUACCAGAUGAGGAUGAAGUUUUGGGGGAGCUGAAUAGGGAGCAGAACGAGAAGACCAUUAGAAGCACACAAACAGCUCUACGCAACUUCGCAUAUUCCACCAAGCUCAACAGAUUUCCCAUGUUUCAUUUUCAAGAUGAUCUAAAGGACUUGUGUAUCAGCGCGGUCAGCUCAAACACUACCAAGGCUACCUUAUAUGCUCUGAAUGUGUGGAGGUACUGGUGCAUGACAAGGGGAUUGAAAGACUGCAUGGACUUCACUAAGGUCCCUGCUGUUAAGCUGAAUGAGCUUUUGGAGGACUUUUAUGUGACUGUAAAGAAAACAGAUGGCUCAGAUUUUCUGGCAACAUCACUUCAUGCAAUACGCAGGGGAUUGGACCGUAUCCUGAAGAAUGCAGGAGCCGGGUUCUCCAUCACCAGCAGCGUCUUUAAUUCCUCUUCCCAGAAACUGAAAGAAAAGCUGAGAAUGCUGAACAAAGCUGGCAUGUCAGGGUCCCGCUCACGCAACAUUGUCUACUUCACUCUGGCAGAUGAAGAGGAAAUGUGGCGAAUUGGGUGUCUAGGGGACGAUGGGCCUGUUGCUUUGUUGUCUUCGGUGGUUAAAUACAAUAGUCAGUUCUUAAAUAUGAGGACUUUACAGGAACACGCAGACCUGAUGUAUGGUGAUAUUGAAUUGCUCAAGGAUGCAAACAAUAGACCUUUUUUUGCAAGAACAGAUAGUGUGAAGCGGGAUAAGCAGGCUAAUCCCAACAAGAUGUGCUACGGACAGAUCUACCAUGAGCAUUCAAAAGGCCCCAGGCGCUGUCCAUACUGUCUUUUAUAUAAGUACAUGUAUACCUACCGGCCCCCAACCCAGAUAGAGGUACAUUCCCCUUUUUACCUGACUGCUCGGAAAGAGGUCACUGGAAAUGAAAAGAUCUGGUAUGAGGAGCAGAGAAUGGGCCUUCGGUCUCUGCGUGGUGUUGUUCCAAAACUGGCAAAGCGCGUGAAGCUUGACCAGUGUGAAAAUUACACCUUUGUCUCAUUUACUCAAACAUUAAAAAAGUUUGGGCCACUCCACAACUAUUAACAAAGAUAACUCCCAAAUAUGACUAUUAAGUUUAAUUGCACACUUAACUCAGUGUGAGGGAACAGAGAUCUCCUCUGUUGUUUUUUUUUUUGUCUGAAUUUACUCACAAUUGGGAAGUUGGCAGACUGGAUAUUACAGGCUCUGUUAACUUUGGGAUCAGUUUUUGGCUAAAUGUUGCUAAAAGGCAUCACAUGAUGCAGUUUAUCUUUUUUGGAAACUUAAAAAAUGAACAGAGUUUUCUGAUAGUGCCUUUGGGGAGCCUUUCUUUAAAAAGUACAAGAAUAAAUAGACGGAAAACAGUGUCACUAAUACCCAAAUAUUUAAUCCUGAGGGUAUAUUUUCAAGCUCUAGUCUGAAUUAAAGCACAAGCUGGUUCCCUGGCCCUGGAAUGGAACUUCCAUGUUGUAUCAAGUUACAAAUGGCCUUUAGAUUGGCAUCAUUUUUAAGAGAUGGAUGGGUGACACCGAACCUUGGAAUAUAGGCUCAGUGGUACAAUGUUAAGACCAGAUCUAGUAACCAUAACAAACAAUUGCUACCUGCUUAUUGGUUACUGUGCGUUACUAGGUAUAGCAAACGGUGACCCUUUUAUUACAUUGCCCUCUAUUACUGUAGGAAGCCCAGUUAAGAGGAAAGCACGGUAAGGUGGACCAUGCCCUUUUUUCUGUCUGCACCAAAGCUUUUCCAGUAUGGUGUGGUUAGCAGCAUGGAAAACUUUUUUGCAGGGGGAUUUUGGAUAUUAAGUUACACCUCUACUGUUGCUGGUUACCCUAUGAGCUCCUAAUGGAGACUAUCCAGAUAAUGAAUUGCCAGCACUAUUAUGUAAAACACCAUAGUUAGGUGCAUUCUGUCAAAAUGAUUUUUGUUGGGUCUACAUUUUGCUGAAACACAUUCACAUCGGUCUCUUUUGGCCUACUUUGUGCACUGACACUCAGUCUUAAAUUUGCACCUAUAAAUAUCAGUGGAAGUGGAUAUCAUUGCUAUGAAUCGCCUUUUUUUUUUUUUUAAUGACAUGCAGAUGUGUAAUUCUCUUUGGUUAAUGCAUAAUUGCUUUCUAGCAUGCAGACAAGAGGGUUCCCAUCAGUCCCCAUUUUAGGACCUUGGUCCCCCAUACAUGCAUCUUUAAAGGAACUUCAUGGUCAUAAUCUUAAAUAGGUGCAGUCCAAAAGGGAAGCGAUCAAAAAGCAGACAUGGUCCAAAUAAACAUUUGCUUGGGGCACUUCAUGCUUUUGUGAGUGUCCCUGGAUUUCUCUUCCAAAAUUACACAAGAGGUACCCUGUACAUUAAAAGCUAUAAGUCCCCCCUACAAGUGCAGAGGUCAGCAGUGUAUUGAUUUAAUGAGAAGGAAAUACAUUUUCCCCAAGGUGUCAUCCCCAAAUACAAGAUUUCCUGCAGACUACUCAAAAUGGUCUCCUGAUGCUCGAGAUGUUUUUGCUGCAGAGCACACUUUAUAGGUUUUGCACAACAACUAUAGGAUCCCAUUUUUUCCAUCAAAGGAUAAGGAUUGUACUAACAAAGGCCUUACCUUUAUCUCAUAAAACUGCAAUUAUGAAUCUGAUCUGUUAUUUUCAGGAACCACAUUACAAAUAAAUAUAGCACACAUAUGUGUUGUUAUGGACUGAAUACUGGGGCUUCCUUACCUGAACUGCAUUUAUUUCUGAAAAAUGUCAACAUUCAGAAGAUGUUGUACAAAAUGACCUGCACCUGCGUCCUAAAGACAGACAGAAAGAAAGUUCAUAUAUAAUUGUCACAGGCCGAACCUUUUUAAAUGAAUUGUUGAGCAAUCUCUUGGAAGUCUUCUAACGUUAGACAUAUAUAGCUUUACUUUUCCAAUGGACUUUUUUUCGAUGAUAUUUAUGUACUGGACUAAAUUUUCUAUGGGAAUCACAGCAAAAGUGCCUCAGUCUUUGUGUUUCUCUUACUCUGUUACUGUGACUGUGUGAGCCAUUGGCAGUUGUCUUUUGUCUUAAGGAGGGUGGAUUUUACGUUGUACACUGGAUAAACACGUACUGCUGUUUGCAAUUUUACCACAUCCUCAUUAUAAUAAAACUUUGGUUUCUGUGUGCA